AUGUCCUUUACCCACGGCCCCGAGGAGGCCAUUCUCACCUACGGCCUCGACAAGCACAUUGCCUCAAACAAGGCGUCGUGGCCCUUGAUCAGGAUCGAAGGCUCGCGCGUCACCACCAUUGGCCUGGCUAUCUGGGGUAUCUACUUGGGCGGUCAUCUGGAGGCCAUGGACAUCUUGCUCGCCUGCAUUGGUUGGAUGGCAGUCAUCGACGGCGUUGAUACUCCCAUGUCGACCUUCACCAUUGCUGUCACGCAGCGACAAACGGGUAUCCUGUUCGUCAUCGCACCGACACUUUGGGCAUCUAAGGUGGCUAUCCUUGCACUCUACAUCCGCAUCUUCGGCACCAUCACCUGGCUUCGACGGACAUGCUGGAUCUGGAUGGUGUGCAUGGCGCUCUUCUACGGCUUGAACAUCGUGGCCGCUGGAGCGUACUGCGUCCCUAGGAGCGGCGAGAAGUGGGGAGGCGACUCGUUUGCUCGCUGCUCCUCGUCGGCAUGGCUGCACGUAGUGGUUGGUGUGUUCUCAGUCGUUGCGGAUCUGAUCAUCUUGAUCCUGCCAUUUCCCGUGGUCAUGAAGCUGCGCAUCUCCACGACGAAGAAGAUCACCCUCGGCAUCGUAUUCGGCACUGGUAUCAUCCUGGUCGUACUGAGUGUAGUCUCACUGUGGUUGAGAGUCAUCAUCUUUCAAGGACAUGACUCGACCUGGAACGCAACCCUUCUUGAGAUAGUCAGCGUCAUCGAGAUCUUCGGCACCAUUGCCGUCGCCUGUGCGCCUGCCAUGUCAGCUUUCUGGCUCAAGAUUGUCGUCAAGACCUCACUGUGGAGCAAACUCAAAUCCUCGUCGGUCAUUUCAUAUCUCCAAUCUCGGGUGCUGCCUUCAAAGUCUCGUGUCCACGAGGACCCUUCUUUUGUUGGCCCUCGUGUUGCAUCAUCACAGCAGUCAGGCUCGCCAGCUCAGUCAGAGAAGAACUCUCGAUACAUCAUCAAGCAGACCUCGUACGAUGUUGUCGACGACGAAGCUUCUCUUGUGCCGGGGCCAAAUCAGUCCCUGGUAUGA